AUGGGCCAGCACCGGAGCACGCGGAGCCGAGCCAUGGAGGCCAAGCGGGAGGGCUGCCCGGCCGACCUCAAGGAGGCGGGCGCCAAGGGCGAGCCCGGCUGGUGCAAGACGCCGAGCGGGCACAUCAAGCGGCCCAUGAACGCCUUCAUGGUGUGGUCCCAGCACGAGCGGCGGAAGAUCAUGGACCAGUGGCCCGACAUGCACAACGCCGAGAUCUCCAAGCGCCUGGGCCGGCGCUGGCAGCUGCUGCAGGACUCGGAGAAGAUCCCCUUCGUGAAGGAGGCCGAGCGCCUGCGCCUCAAGCACAUGGCCGACUACCCCGACUACAAGUACCGGCCGCGGAAGAAGGGCAAGGUGGGCGCCGGCAAGGCCCGCCCGCGCCUGCCCGUCAAGAUCAAGCCCUCCGUGCUGGCGGGCGGCGAGUCCCCGUCGCCCGUGUCGGCCGGGUCCCCGCCGUCCUCCUUCGCCUCGUCCGACGAGGAGCUGGAGGAAGAGCUGCUGGGCGUGCUGCCCGGGCGGGCCCCGCCGAGCGCCGCCCUGGACUGGGCCGUGGUCGACAAGGACCUUGACCUCUUGCCCCGGGGAAUCCCCUCGCACUUUGAGUUCCCGGACUACUGCACUCCGGAGGUGCGGGAGAUGAUCGCGGGGGACUGGCUCAUGUCCAGCAUCUCGGACUUGGUCUUCACGUACUGAGGCCCGCGCCUCGGCAGGUAACUCUUUUCCGCAAUCAGGUCUGUUCAGAAACAAAAAGAAACCAGCUGUUUACAUGCAGGAAUCAGGUAUCUCGCCUUGAACGCAGCCGAAGGCUGCCCCAUCCCCCCCGCACACACCCACCGCUCCCC